AUGGUUGCAGAAAACAUAGUCACUUUCAACUUGGAAGGAUCGCUAUGGUUUGCUUUCAAAGUCUUCACAAUCGACAAUAGAGCCUCUUUAAAGUCGUUGUCACAAAGGACGUCUGCCUCGUCGAUAACAAAAUGUCUCAAGUCUUUGAAUGCGUUUCUGAAAUCUGGUUUGGAGUUCAACAUAUCCUCCAGUCUUCCUGGAGUCUUACCUGUACCAGUUUUGGCUCUAACAAGAACACCGUUGUUGGUCGAGAGCAUCUCAGGAACAACCUUAGAUUGGACCUCGGUCAAAUUCUCACUUGCAACGUUAACGAAAGCAUUUGAAAUUUUCGGGUUCAAUCCAACCUCAUCCACUCGAGAGAAUCUUGAUCCGAAGCUCAAUCGUGUGAGUCUUUUUUUUAAUAGUUCUCGAUUGUUGAAAAGUUUCCACGAUUCUGGGUCACAAAUAAAGCUUUACAAUGAGCUGAACAAACGAGAUCCGUCUGCCACAGUCAGCACCUUCGAGGCGUUCAAGGGUGUCCCAGAGACCUCUGAGUCGCAUGUCGAUGAUUUGAUUGUUUCUAUGAAGACCACAGACUUCGAAGACCAGAUUACUCCCUACCUGCAUAGAAUUACAAAUAAGACCAACGUGCUGUUCGUGAACGCACCGUUAGGAUCGCUGGAUUCCUCGAUAAAACGAAUCUGGAGAGCGGACUCCGGGAGCGUGCCGAAUAUCUUCCAAGCGGUAACCACCUAUGGGCUGAUCAACUCUACUAAUUUCGACGUCAAGUACACUCUGCCCGGUAAAAUGUUCAUCUCCGCGUUCCCAUCGUCUGAGAAACUGAAGAACUUUGUGCGCAAACAAGAACUGUAUUAUCCAGGUGACAUAUUGGUUCCUUCGCUCAUUAAAGAUCUAAUAGACAUUCCAUUAAUCAAUGCUCAAUACUGUCCAUUCAAAGAUUUGUUCAAAUUACAAGUGGAGAGAUUGGUUGUGGAUGCUUGCUUGAAUCCGUUGGGACAGCUUCUAAGCUUCGAUGUGCAAGCUCUGAGAGAUACCACUGCUCUGAAUAAAGUCAUCGAGACAAUUAUUGACGAGGCUGUAAUUGCAAUCAAAGCAUCGCCGUGGUUCAAGGCUGUAGUAAACUCCGACAAGACAGCCAUCUCGGUGAUUGAUAGACAAAGACUAUUCGCUAUCGUCAAGCAAAGUGCAAAACAAUACGGUUAUGGUAGCAGUGAUAUGUUACCAGAUUUCGCCACAAACUACAUUGUUCGAAACUCUAAAUCGCGCCACCAUGCUGCUCCAGUGAACAAUUUGCUGAGAAACCUACUCAUCAGCAAGCGCAGAUCACAACAGGAGCAGAAUGAGAUUCCAAUUGUUAAAUAG